CACAUACCUUAGUGGUGACUGUUACUUUAAACUGGCCAUGGUGUAAAACGGAUCAUCAAAAUGGGGUGGUCUACAACUUGUCUGGUGCUGCUUGGGCUUAUGGCUCUCGUGCAAGAAGGUACAGGGCUUUUCUGUCAUCGCUGCUCCAGUUCCAUGGGAGGAUGUGGUGAAAAUCUUAACCUGAUCAUGUUUCCAUGGCGACCAUGUGGACCCUCAGAAUUUUGUGUUAAAGUUGUUCAGAAACAUGGAAGUGGUGUUAAAAUUAUCCGAGAGUGUGAAAGUGAACUGAUAAAGGACACUCGCCAUCGUCUGCGCAUGCCUGUCUUGCGACGCCAUGGCUACUGCAUCAAUGCCAGGAAAAACGACCCCUACAAUCCUCAACAGACGUCAGAUCCGUCGAUUCAGUACUGUUUCUGUAAUGACUUUAAUGGGUGCAACACUGGCAGCCAGGUAAAAGUAAAAUUCCUGCCAGUUGCUGUUUUCUGCGGUUUACUUACAUACUUUGUUUCAAAACUACACUGAAGAUGACAUAUGUACAUACCUUCAUAUUAUCAUAAGUGUGAAUAUUACCAAUAGCAGAAAGGGAUAGAAACAAUGUAUAUCAAUGGGGAAAUCAUUUUAACAUUUUGAAUGCAAUUUUUAAUCGUCGGAGAGGAGAUAAUUAUAGGUGAAUACCAUAGUACUUUCAGUACUGGUACAUGUAGUUCACCAAAGUGGAAAUAUUAACAUGUUUUUACUUCGUUCACAUUGAUAAUUGAUAGUUUGUUUGUCAUCUACGCAUACUACCCAUAUGUCAGAACUUCAGUCCUAACAUGUACAUUUAACAAAAAUUUCUGUGUUGUAGAAUUGUUGGCCAAUCCUCAGUAUAGUCAUUCUUUUCCUCUUGCCCUUCAAGUUAAAAAUCAAAGUAUAAACGACUGCAGAAGUAUAGAAGUAAGCUUUGUGAAGGAUAAUACAUGCAUGUGUUCGUUUAUGGAGUUUUUAUCUGUUGUCCUUGAUACCAUAAUAGCCAUUACUGUAUGAUAACUUUAAUACUGAUUUCCUAAUCUCGCCUUAAAGUCAAAUCCAUCACUGAAAGUCCACCACCUUUUCUACCACCUUUUGUGUAUAUAUGACCUCUUCCUGGAACAUGGGUUGAAUGAGCUGUAACACAGAUUGUUUCCAUGGAUGGCAUUCCCAACUGCCUUAUGUCUUUACAUCUGUAAUUCUAGUGUCAGAAAUAAGCUCUAGACAUGAUUGUGUAUGAUCAAUACAGACUAAUUGUUUAUCUUGUACAAAUUUUUACGUAGUUCAUUUUUUAAAAAUAGUUUGCAAAUGUCUUUUCCCUAUGUGUUUGAACACCAUAAUAUAGGAACACCAUAUUUGGAUAGAGCAGUUUGAUUUACGUGUACGCGUGAAUCUAUAACACCAUGAAUUACUUGAAUUCUUGUAUGUAGUACAUUAAAUGAGCACAUUGUAUAGUUGUUUCCUGCCUAAACCAAUGAAGUAAAUUACCUGCUUGGGUUGAGCCAAUAGGUAUGUUUGUGUGCAUGUGGUUGUGAGAAAUAUGAAUGUAUAAUAAUGGGAUCAGACUGUUAACACACAUGAUCUACAUGUAUGUAUGGAUAUAUUCUUCCAAAUCUGAUAGACAUAUAUUAUGAAGUAUAUUAGUGAUGUAUUAAAAGAUUAUGAUUAAUUCAUUUCAAUAGUACUGUGACAUAAGUCUUAAUAGUACUGGUAUGCGUGCAUUUGUUUGGACUGGAACCACAUUACCAUGUCAUUUCUAUCAGAUUUUGUAAAUAAAGAUUUUUAUA